AUGGACGUGUGGAGCUUGGCAUGUGCUAAGAUACAGAAAAGUUCUUUUGUGGGAACGAGUUUCAGGUUCGUGGUUGAGUCUCUGUUCAAUAAAUGUUCGUUGGAAGAAAUGGUGCAAUUUGCGGGGUUGGCCAGACGAAUAUGGUUGAGACGAAAUAAAGUGGUUUUUGGAGGCCCAAUGAUUUCCCCUCAGACGUUGGUCUUACGAACUACCCAAGCAAUAGAUGAUUUCCAGUCUGUUAUGGCGCAGCGAGAAACGUCGCUACCCACUCCUACGGAGUCUCUCCCAUGUUCGUGGACCCUUCCACCCCCGGAGUGGGUCAAGGCAAACUGGGACGCAUCUUUGGAAACUCAGCGAGGCAUCAUGGGGUGUGCGGUGGUGAUUCGUGACCACAGAGGACAACUGAUUGUGGCCAAAUGCUUCUCUCGCAAGGGUUGUCCCUCACCGUUAACUGCAGAAGCUCUCGCAGCAUUAAUGGCGGUUCAACUGAGCAAGGAACGGGGCUUCCAGCCUGUCCACUUGGAGGGAGAUGCUAAAUCUGUUGUUAAUGCAAUCACUUGUGCCGGAGCAGAUAGGAGUCGCUUGGGCCAUGUGUUGGACGAUCUAAAGAUGGAGGUCCAGUCUAUUCCCCACUGGAAGAUGUCUUUUAUCAAGUGUGAAGGUAAUAACGCAGCCCAUGUUCUGGCUAAGCAUGCUUCACAGCAUGUUCUGGACAAAACGUGGGAGGUACCACCGGAUUGUAUACGUGAUUUAUUGUUAUUGGAGCAAUUUGCUCUGGUUCAUUGA